AUGACAAGCGUCAUCUCGCUGUUCCCCCCUCCAUCCCUUCCGCCGCCUCCGGCUCUUUGUCGCGACCUCUCCAUGGCUGCUCUGCCCGCUGAGUCGUCGACAAUUGCAUGUGGUCGAACCAUUCUCCUCACUGGCUGCCCGCCAAUCCCCACUGCCGAUACCACUGUGGUCCCUAACCCGCUCCCUGCAGCAGCGCUUCUUCUCUGCCCGCCGCCGCUAAAGCAGCCUGUUGAGCUCCCUAACGCUGAACCUGAACCUAUUGAAACCUCCAGCCCAUCUCCCCUCCCCAUUGCCUAG